AUGUAUGUAGAGAAUUCAAGGCUGCCGUGGAAAGGGAACAAUGACCCCUGGUCUCAGCCCUCAUCGCCAAAGCAAUCUGCUUUAGAUUCAAAAGUGGCAGCCUGGGAUGCCUACCAGCACGUCAGCACCACCACCGGAAAUGGCCCGUCAGUAACUGCAGGGUCUUCCCCAGGCCGAGUCACCCCUUCCAACUCCCAUCUUGCCCCUCCAACAUCUGUCCUCCGCGAAACAGAUAGAGCAACUCUGUACACCAACACAACAUCCAGCGUCCCUUUACCACAGCUGCACGAGUCACGUUCAUACGAUGAGAGUCCUGGCGCUUCAAGUUUUCUCGGACGAUCAGAAUAUCUACGCGGCGAAGUCCCCAUCAAUGAAAACCGGGCAAAAUCGUACCCCGCAGUCGCGUCAGAGAGUUUGACGGAAGAGGAUAUUCGUAUUUUGCAGCUACAGCACGCCUUCGAUUUACCACCACGGGCUGUUAGAGAAGGGCUGAUUGACGCGUUCAUGAAGCGUUGUGCGCCAUGGAUGCCUAUCGUUGAACGAAGCUGGCUGGCUGAGGGCCACGGAAACCAACCGUCGUUACUGCUCCUCCAAGCGGUAUUCCUUGCAGGUAGCAGAGUGUCAUCGGCUCCAGCAGUGGCUGCCUAUGCAUCACCAAACGAAUUCUACCGUCGGGCUAAAGCCUUGUUCUGGUCAGGUUAUGAAAAGAACCCGGUUACUAUGAUUACUGCGGUGCUUGUAAUGCAUUGGUAUAACCCUGAGGGGCCGGAGCAUAUUUCUCUUAAUACCAGUGGUUUUUGGAACCGCAUUGGAGUUGGCCUAGCGUUUCAGAUCGGGUUGCAUAAAGAACCACCACCAGGACGAAAUGCGGCGCUUCGUCGACGAUUGUGGUGGACUUUAUAUGCAAGAGAUUGCUUAAUCUCAGCAAGUCAUGGGCGGCCUCGCGCCAUAAAUCCUGACGACUGCGAUGUCCGACCUCUUUAUAACGGAGACUUCUACGAGUCGACGGCAGAUGGUCCCAUGUUUAUUUCAUACGUAGAACUUGCUUCCUUAUUGGGUGACCUAACGCAAUGCUGUUGCCGCAAGUAUUUAUCACGCCAAAAACGUCAAUAUAUCGAGGGUGCACUCUAUCGGUGGACUCGAGAGCUUCCCGAACAUUUACAGCUCUUCCGGCGAGCCAGUCCCAAUCAGGGCACCUCCCCCAAGCUAGUGCCGGCGCCGUACAGCUUCGAAGCCCGUCAGUUACACGUUCUGUAUUUCGUAAUUCUCGCCAUUCUUUUUCGAACGACACCACCUGCAAGCACACCCUCUCCGGCAGCGGUGCUCGCGUCAUCCUUCGUUGCGGGUAUUUUUGAGGAUUUCCUGGCUCGAGACGAAAUCCGUUUUCUUGGUCCAGAAUUUACCUUUUAUGUUUUAGCCUCGGGAGUAGGACUUUUGUCGUGUUUUCCAUACCCACACCUCUGGGCCAAGGCUGAGCGAGAUCUCCGCAUCAUAUAUAAUUCUCAAAAAGAACUCUCAACCAGAUGGCCUUCCGCAAUUGGCAGUUUAAAUGCGCUACAGAGCAUGAAGGCGGAGGCUAGCAAGACCCAACGACACAAGGAUGCGCAAAUGAUUGGGAGCCUCGCUCCAGAGCAACUGUCAUACUUCAGCGGUUUUGGUACGGAUUUGUGUCGGAUUGGAGAAGCCAUUUUGACACACCAUAUCCAGGACCUUUUGGGCCCGCGAAGAAUCUACGACGACCAAUCCUCACGUAGUGCGUCUGAUAUGAUGACGGCGGGGAUCUUAGCAGAGUUAAAAACUCCAAUAGCCGGCCCUACAGCUUUGGACGGAUACCAACCCCUAGCUACCAUUCUUGAGCAUCACCCGAUGCAGAGCGCGUCCAGUAGGGUCACCACGGAUAUCACUGGUGAUAUUUUUUGCGGCCAAUACGCAGGGAUUGGCGACUGGCUUCUGAAAGACUGGGACUGGAAUAGUGCUAUAGCUUGGUAAAUUUAUUCCUGGUUUCCUGAACGUCGGUUGCCCACACUCUGCGUUCAAAUAGCACACGAUCAAAAUAUUCUAGGAUAGCGCAUCUUUUCUCCCGUAUCAGAGGAUUGUUAUGUUGUUUUGC